AUGGCGGGCCCGGGUCCCCGCCGCUCCGCCCCGGCGCUGCAGCGGCGCUGCCCGCAGGGGCCCGCGGGGGAUUGCCUCUCAGGAGCAUUGCAUACCAAAUGUAAAAGCAGAAGCUCCCUAGUUUACAAAGAGUCAGAAUUUACUGAAGCUGGAAGAGAGAAGAGCAUCAGAUCUAGUGAUUUCCAGAAAAGUUUGAAAAACUGUGAUUGUUUUGAUCAUGAGCAAGAUUAUUUUUGUGGUUCAAGUGGUCUAGACAUAGAAGAAGACAGCAUUAUUUGCUCUGAAACUGAUGCAGUUCAAAAUACCGCUAUAUACACGGGAGCAGGCCUCACUUUACCAUCUCAUUUGGCUGCAAAUACUCAAGAAAAUACAGACCAAAUUAUCAACCAUGGUUUGUUAAAGAAAAUUGUGCAUGGAACUGGUACUCAGGCAUACAAUAGGCAAGGUUUAAUACCACCUCACAUCAGUCAGAUUUAUGAUGAAUUAUUUGUCAUACAUCAGAAGCUCCAGAGAGAAAGUUCAGCACAGCAGGAGUAUGCUCUGCAGCUGCAGAAACGAGAGCGUUCUCUAACAGAACAAGAAACAUUGUUUUUUCAACAUGAAGCAGCUUUGGCUAAAAUAAGAGGUGUUGAGGAAGAAGUUCACACAAAAAUUGCAGCUAUAAAAGAGCAACAUGAGGCAGAAGUUAAGCAGCUGACAGAAGCCUUGAGAGAAAUAACUAAAGAAAACAGGAGGCUGAAGUCGUCAUAUGACAGCUUGAGGGAUGUGAAUGACUCUUUAAGAAAGCAGUUAAGUGAUGUAACUGAGUUGAACAAGAAGUUGGAAGGUCAAGCACGAAAAGCAAAAGCUCGUUUAGAAAAUCUGCAAAGGAAGCAUGAAUUUUCAAAGGUAUGGAAAUCUAAUGAUUUGUGUCAAGUGAUGAACGAAGGCAAACCUGUGAAACAGGAAAAAGUGAUGGCAAAAUCAAGAACUGCUACGCUACCAUUGAAUUCACAAGUCUAUGAGCUCUUAACUUACCUUAUGGAUUGGAUCUCUGACCAGCAUCUUAGCAAAAUAAACACACAAGAGAGAGAGGACAGUCAUAAACCUAGGGUUACCCAGAGCUCAAAGAACUCCUGUACUCAGGAAAAGUGUAUGAAGCUUUUGCCUGUAGCUGCUGAGCAACUCCAGUGGAUGCCAUAUGUGAAUCCUAAACUGCACGUGCCUGUGAUUAAAUUUAUUUACUGGUCUAUAAGACAGUUAGACACUGAUACACAGCAGCACACAGCAAUGGGAUCAACCAUGAGGAGACUUGGUGAAGAUAUCUUCAAAGGCAUAGUGAGUAAGGGAAACCCACAGAGUUCUUCUGAACAGCCUACAGAAAGUAAAUCAAAGUCAGCAGCUUUCUUCAAGAGUUUCUGUAUGCCUCUGAGGUUUCUGUCAACUUUGAUUGUGCUUAAAACAGUGAAACAAGUGGAUUACCUGGCUCAGGCAUUUGAGUCCCUUCGUGCAGACUUGAAGACAGAUGAAGGGAAGGCCUUAUUUUUGGAAUACCAAUGUGUGCCUGUUGUAUUAAGUCACCUAAAAGUAUCCAGUGCAAGUCUGCUUUCCAGGGCUCUUGAUGGAUUACUUCAGAUGACCAUGGAAUCUGGUUCCUUACAGCCUUUCCUGGAAGCCUGCAGCAAUGAAUCCUUCUUCCAGACUUGCUCUGUAUUGCUUCGAAGUUCUAAGCUAGAUAUUGCAGUUUUGGAAAAGCUCUGUGUUAUACUGCAAAAACUCUCCAGAAUAAAAAGCAAUAAGAAGCUGUUUGAAAUGUGUGGUCUUCAUCGAAUGCUCCAAGAACUGCGCAGAACUGUGGAUCCAGGUCACACCUUCCUCUGUAUAAACCUCAAUUCAAUUCUGCUGAAUUUGGAAUUCUUGACAAGUAACUCUCUUGACUCCAGUCUAAGCACAAGUCACUAGCACUAGCUUUCAAUCUAAUUAUUGUUCUGUAUAAUUGAUACCAGCUGCCUAUGUUACUUGAAAUUUGGAAGGUUUUUUUUACUGAUUUGUAUAAAUACAUUAAGCAGCAUCUCAGUACUGUGCAAUUUGCUGGCUAUCCUGUGAAUUCUCACAUUUCGCUCAUUUGUAAAAAGGAAAAUUAAAAACUUUGUAAUAUGCUAGAUGGCUUUCUUCAAUAUUUUCUAAAGUGAAAUAAUGCUGCUGUUGUAAAUGACUCAUGCAAUGUAAGCAAUUAAAUCCUUAGAGUAAGCAUAUCAGAAAUACCAGUCUUUCCUUACAGGGAUGAAUCUUACUUACUUUUGACUCUUCAGAGAGUUUUAUAAAUUCUUUAAUUUAUUUUAUGGCUGAUAAGUAGCAGACAGGUAUCUUAGCAGAUUAUCUUUUGAUAAACCUGCAGUUUUAGUGAUUAAAACCAGAUUUUUAUUUAACAUAACUAGAUUUAUUGAAUAAUAAAUUUUGUUGGUUUGAUUUCAGAAUUUUCUUAGAGUUUGUUUGAUCUUUUCCUGUAUUUAAGUAGCAUUUAGUAUUUUUCCUGCUUUGUAUAGUGCAACUUUGAAUGAUUAAUAUCUUUGCAAAUGUAAAUAAAAGCAUUUCUUAAAAUGGUUGGC